AAGGUGACCCGCGCAGAAGCUGCCUAGAGGAGGCAGCUAGCUACUUGAGAAGUGAAACCUCUCAAGCUCUAAACCAGUGGAACCCGUUCCACCAGUUUCUCGCAGACAACACAAUGCGAUCACCUCCCUGUUUCACAGAGGCUGCGUUUUCAGAAGAGAAUGGGAGAAAGACGGAAGGAUUCCUGCGGCAGACCAAGGGAGCCAGCUGUCUCUGGAAAAUAAACACUCCGGGUAUCCCAGCCGGUGAAGGACCCUGUGCAAGGUCAGUCGAGGAUCUCUGGCUAACUUAACUCGACCAGAACGUCCUGGAGUGCUGGGCAGAGGAAAGAUAAGGGACUUGCCGAGCUCGAGUUUCUGAACUCCUCCAAGUGCAGUUCUCAGCUUUCAACCGGACAGCAUAUAACCCGGUUUUGAUCCCGUUGUGAGAAACGCACUCGUGUUUUCCUGUUGAGAGAGACAGAGAGAGUGAAGAAACCCUGGGUAAGUGACAGAUAUAUUCGCCUGUCAACCGCCCCCUGAGGCGCCGAAGAAAAGCCCCCGCAAGAACGCGAGUGACAAGGAAGCGAGCUUCAUGUGAUACCUGUACACGCGUGGAGUGGUGUGUGUGUGUGUAUGUGUGCGUGGUUGACACCUUGCCACAAUGCUGGAGGGGAACGGCUCUGAGUGCGAAUGUGCCGUCUGCUGGAACCCCUACGACAACGCCUUCCGCACGCCCAAGAUCCUGGAGUGCAAGCACACGUUCUGCCUGGAAUGCCUGGCCCGGAUGAGCCUGGCAUCGAUGCCCGAGAUGGAUCCGGGCAUGUCUUGCCCCCUGUGCCGUCACCUGACGCCGCUGGGCGCCGGGCAGCUGGUGACGGGCCUUCGAACCAACGUGGAGAUCCUCAGCCGCAUGAGGCUGCAGCCGGUCCACGUCUACCUGGAUCACGGGCGCCUGUUCUACAAGGGGCCCGGGAAAGCCAGCUUCCUGCUGCGCCGGCCCACCGUCUACACGCUGAGCCUGGACGUGGAGCGGGAGAACGGGCUCCCGCUGCGCACGCAAGCGGCGCCGGCGCUGGAGGACCGGCUCCCUCAGAAUACCAUGUGGAAGUGCUGUCAGAGCCCACCCUGCAGAACCGUCAUGUACAUCAUGAUCGUCAUGUUUGGGAUUACAAUCAUUCUUGUCAUCUCCCUAUUCUGGACCAAGAAAAUACUGUGGGACCUGGGCUGAAAGAACACGCUAGCGUUGACGUGGCACCUUUCACACCCUCGGGACGUCUCCGAGGGCUUUCCAGCCAGCGAACUGCUUGAUUUGGGUCUGUAGUAAUAUGUAACGUAGAAAAGGGGACGAUUAAUUUGAAGACCUCACACAUAGAAAUAUGCAAUCGGGUUUUAGUUAUUGAUGGAGGAUUGACUGUUGGCUAGGUACACUGUAAGAAACACUUUGCUCUUUACAAAUAGCGGGAGAGUGCGAGAAAACUGAUCCGGCGGCGUCAAAACCACAAAAGGUUUCAAAUCCAAAAUGUUUCCUGCUCCACUCUCCACUGAUGCUUUAUAUUUCCAGCAUCUGCAGAUGCUCAUGACCUGAUUUUUAUUUGUUCUUCUUUCAAAUUAUUUUAUUGAGGUAGACACCGCCCAUCAAUCCCCUGAUUUAAUCCUAGCCGAAUCACGGGGCAAUUUACAAUGACCAAUUAACCUACCAAACGGUAGCUCUUUGGACUGUGGGUGGAAACCGGAGCGCCCGGAGGAAACCCACGCGGUCAAGGGUAGAAUCCUUACAGGAGGUGACGGGAAUUGAACCCCGGUCGCCUGUACUGUAAAGCCUUGUGCUAACCACUAUACUAUAAUCGAGCUCACACAACAGUUCCACCUCCAGCAGAACGGUAUUCCCUCGUAGCCGUGCUGGAGCAAUGAGCCAGAAUUUUUUUCUGGGUGUCACCAGGGAGGAAGGUGGAAGCACAGGCUUCUGGGGAACACAUGAGCCUGAUGUUAUCUCACGAUUGUUGGAUUUGAUGUGCUUCAGGCAACAAUUGGCUUCAGGAAACGUUUGGUGCAAUUUUAGCAAUCAUGAUCUCACUCUAGCAUUCAGGAAACAGAAAUCCCUCAGUAUCAACUCCUAAUUUGUGACCCCUCCCCAGAAAGUAAUCUUGUGGUCUGGUCUCCACCUGGAUCUGAGCCAGAAGUCCAAAGGACACAAACAGCAUUUUAGCAAUGUUACAACUACCAUGUUACACUUCCCCUGCAAGUGAAAGUCUGGCACACAGACUCCCAGGCAAGAUCACGAAUACUUUACUUCCUCAUUAUAGCAGAGAAAGAGGCCAUUCAGCCCAAUGGGUCUAUUCUGACUUUCAGAAGGAAAGCCAUGCAGAACAUUUUCUCUUUUUGUACUCCCUGGCUCUCUCACACACACACAUACACCCAUCACUUCAUUUUGAUUCUUUUGCUACUAAUUUACUCUAAGAAAUAAUUUACAGUGGCUCAUCUUUGGGACGUGGGAAGAAACUGGAACCUACACAGUCACAGUGAAAACCUCCACACAGACAGUACCCGAGGUCACGAUCGUGCCUGGAUUGCUGGGUCACUGAGUCCGUAUCACUGAGCCACCCUUGAUUCUCAGUUCCAAAGCCCUGUGUAUCUGCUGUUCUGAUGUCAGAUUCCAGUACGGUGACUGACAGAAGGUGAUUCUCCAGUUCAGUCGCUGGCAGUGAGAAGAGAGUGAAAGGGGCGACCGCUCCCAGUGCAGAGUAACCCAGUGGCCAUCUCCCUCAACAACUUUGGAUACUGUUGGGGGAGAUGACUGAACAGAGGAAAGCCGCAGCAGUCAGGUCUCUAGCACUGAAACUGGCUCUGUGUCUCAGAAGGGAAGGGAGGGGGGAAAAUAGGUGAGCUGUGAUGAUAGGGGACUCAUUGGUUUAAAGGAAGAGAAAGGAGGUUCUGUGGAUGAGAAUGAGAUUCCUGGAUGGUAUGUUGCCUCCCAGGUGCCAGGGUCAGGGACAUCUCGGAACAAGUCCUCAGCAUUCUUAAGUGCAAGGGUGAGCAGCCAGAGGUCGUGGUUGAUAAAGGUACCAAUUACAUCUGUAGGAAGAGGGAUGAGGUUCUGCAAAGUGAGUUCAGGGAGUUAGAUGCUAAGUUAAAGGACAGGGCCUCCAAGGUUUUGAUCUCAGGAUUUCUACCCAUACCAUGUGCUAGUGAGGCCAGACAUAGGAAGAUCAUACAGUUUAACAUGUGGCUAAGGAGUUGGCUUCAGACUUUUGGAUCAUUGGGAUCUCUUCCAGGGAAGGUGGGACCUGUA